GGCAAGUGAAAGUGAGCAAGCGGGGGCAAACCAGAUUCCCUCUCUCUCAGUUUUCAUCCUCUUUAAGGAGCUGGCAGCAAGAAAUACAGAGAAUCCAAGUCGUGCACAGGCUGAGACCGUGAAAUCUUUUCUGUUUUGUCACAGCUGCUGUUGUUGUUAGUGCUGCACACAGAGGUGAUGGCUGAGCUGGAUCUCCUCUCCACACCCCACAACGUUCAAAUCAGCGAGGUGACCUGCGACUCGUUCCGGAUUGCCUGGGAAAUGGCCCAUGAAGACACUUCCCGAGUGACACAUUAUUUCAUCGACUUGAGACGUAAAGAGGGCGGCGAGCUGAAUCGAUUUAAGCACAGAGAUGUCCCAACCAAACUUGUGGCGAAGGCAGUGCCAUUGCCAAUGGCUGUGAGAGGCCACUGGUUCCUGAGCCCUCGAACUGACUACUGUGUCGCUGUACAGACUGCCAUCAGACAGCCUGAUGGAGACUACCAAGUGUCUGAAUGGAGCCAAGUAGUGGAGUUCUGUACUGGAGAUUAUGCCAUGGAACAUCUUCAGCAGCUCUUAGACAAAGCUCAGGCGACUGCUGGAAGACUUCUCAAGUUCUCUGUGUUCUAUCGCAAUCAGCAUCCUGAAUACUUUCACUACGUGAGGUCUCAAUGUGGGGGCGCAAUGCUGCCAUCUUUCAAAGACAACAGUGGAAGUCACGGCUCCCCCAUCAAUGGCAAGUUGCGUGGCGUCUUCCUCAGCUGCAACACGGAAUUUGACACAGGUCUCCCUCCAAAGGACUCACCGUACGGCCCUUUGCACUUUGAGAUUGCCGCUGAACGCCUCCUCAACCCGAGCGCUAACAUCUACUUCGCUGACUUCUACUGCAUGUACACAGCAUACCAUUACGUAGUGCUGGUGCUGGCCCCUGCAGGAUCGGAGGGGGAUUGCUUUUGCAAGAGUCGCCUCCCUUUACUGGACCUCACAAACAACCCCUUCCUGACAUACACUCCUGGAGAAGAAUCUGUGUUCUGUCAUGCCAGUGAUGUCAUACUGGAGGUGUUGUUCACAGAGCCCAUGUGUUUAGAGCAAGGCAGCUUGACUCAGAUUAGUGGACACCACCAGCUCAUGAGCCUUUCCACUGCUAAUGCUAAAAAAGACCCAAGCUGUAAGGUGUGCAAUAUCAGUGUAGGUCGCUGAACUCUAAAUGAACACCCGGAAGCAUUUAUUGAAAAUAGAACCAGGUAACUGAAUCAUGAAUUACACUGAGGACUUCUGGUGGUGGUCUAAAAAUGGAAAGUUCUUGUAAGAGUUAGGAUUCAUAUAAAGAGAGGAGUGCAGUACCCUUUGUUUCAAGUGCCAAAGGUUUUGCACAAAAAGACAAAAAUAGACUACAGCAUGGGAGUUAUUUAACUGUUUUAGUUAGAUUAAAUAAGGUCAUUGUCCUGAUUGUGUUAUGAAACCAAGCCAUAAGAAAUCUUAAAUACUUACUCUUGUAUAAUUCAGCCAGAACUGAAAUUUUGACAUGUAUUUACAUUCAUGUCAUUCUAAAUUGUAUUUUGAAGAACAACCAUAUCAUUUAUGCCGUCAAGCUACCAAACAUUAAAAACAUACAAUAAAAGUAACCCGUUUCUUUAAAUUAAUGUGAAAGUCUAUCAUGGUUCAUUCUCAUCUUCACAUAAUUCUAGAAGUUAUAGUAAACAUACAGCAUAAUAAAUUACAAUUGUAUAACUUCAUUUAGAA